AUGCCGAACUCUGUCAGAUCGCAUCCGAUGCCGGCUUCGGAAGGCUCCCGAUCUUACGACAAACCUGCUGUGUCGUCUGCUCCUCCGGCUCCGUUUCUUUUUGCCAAACCUUCACAUCCUGCUCAGCACUCGCAGGUUCCUUGCCCUUCGUCAAGCACCUUCCCGACCUCUAGACUAGGCCCCGAAGUUAAGGGUCAUGACUCGGUUCAAGUGAGCCGCCCUUCCCUCUCAGCAUCAUCCUCCAGCUCCUCUUCUUCCGACAAGUCGAGCCGCAUAUCGUCAGGCUCCUCGAGUUGCGACAAUAUCAGCACGCCUCUGACGUCAAGUGUGCCAUCAACGGGCAGCAGUCCUGACCAGAAACCUACGCAGGCGAACUCGAAUGACAAAGUAACACCUGUAGGGUCUCGUGGGCGCCCUUCAGCUGCCACGAAAGCAAAGACAAAGAUGGAUCCUGACGACUUUGCUUUGCUCCCAGAUAGCGUUAGUGCAAACGCAGCCAGUGGAAGCAAGUCGAACCGUAUCCUUGGUCCCGAUGGACAAAUCUACACCCAUGGUGAGGCUGCUCGUCUAGGCUUCACUAUCAGAACCGCCUGCGAGGCGUGCCGUAAUCGUAAGCUCAAAUGCAGUGGUACGCUUUCAGAGAAUGGCGGCUGCGCCAGGUGCAAUAGCGAUGGCAUUCAGUGCAUCUACUCAGCACGAGCACCCAUAGGACGACCCAAGAAGCGAAAAGCAGAAAAAGAAGAGGACACCACUGCAACUCCAGCUCCCGCUUCGAGCUCGCCCAAGGCCAAAGGUAUGAGCAAGACUAAGUCGAAGUGUAAGGAUGGCUCAGGCCAUGCUCGUAGCAAUUCGUCAGUCCGUGUCAAGACAGAAGGCGGGGCCUUUGUCGACUCUUCACGAAGCUCCUCAUCCUCUGCCGUCCAAUCUUCCUAUUACCCAGGGCAAGCGCAUGUUCCCGCCUCUCCAGUACGAAGCGAUGCUCCACGUCACACUCCGCAAGAUGGAUAUCACACUCCAUUUAAUAUUCCGCACAGUUGCGGCUACCUCGAAGGCACGCUGAAUACCCCGAGUGUCCCAAGCACCAAGCUAGCUGCCACGUCGACAGUCUGGACGCAGAAUCAUAUGCCUUUCGUGAUGACACCUUCGGACACAGUGACGCCGCAUUCUGUCAUUCCGCCUUCCUCAGCAUCGACCUCGAACACGGAUGGACAAACAUUGCGAUCAAUAGAGCAGCCAACCAACUCUUCCGCAGCAAAAUUACCAUCUCUUGAUGACCUUUCAGUUGCCGCGUUCUUACAGUCACUGGACACGCUUGAGAUCUCUCCCGCCGAACUCUUCCAACAGCAGCAACAGCAGCAACAGCAGCUCCUAUUCUCGAGUGGAUCUUCCAGCUCGAACACACCAGCGAAUGCCAACUUCGGCGGACUUGGGGCUCCGUUUCAGUCGUCAGGCAUGGCUUCGAACGGCAUCGGGUUCACGGCGUCCUCCGUCGAAGAAUGGGCAACGAGCAGUGCAAUCCUGCAACCUGGCUUGAGCUUUGCUGUGCCAGCAGACUUUAGCUGGUGGGACCUAGGUAUCAAUGGGGCAGACUUUGGAUCCGGUGCACCAAGCGUAUCUGCUACGCCGUCGACAGAGUUGACUUCGAUGGCAUUCUCGACCAUGCGACCGGCGCAGCAGCAGAUGUCACAAUCUCUAUCGCAUUCGACUAACCUGGGAUCUCACAUGGCAUCGCACUCUUCGUCCCCAGCAGGAAAAGGUCAACCGAGACGACCAAAAUUCAGUGCUGAUCAGAUGUGGCCCCGAGGCGCAGAUGCCGGAAUGGGACAGGGUCAGAUCCAGCACACCGUUGCAGCCAGCGAGACUGGAUUGGGCUGGUCGACGCUUCCCGGCCCAAGUCAAUUCUCUGAUACGCUGUCGAGUCCAGUCGAGUCUCAUUCCCAGCAAAGCGAGGAACAGAAGAAUUGCUGCUCAUCAAAGGCAACCAAGCCCGAGCCUCUUUCGCCACCUGCAAAGGCACCUUGCUGCUCGUCCAAGCCUAACCCAAAGGCAUCGUCGGAGGAAAAAGCGGAACCAGCAUCUUGCUGCGCGCGCAAGAUAGCACCUUCUGCGCCCAAAUCAGAGGUCAAGAGCUGCUGCUCAGGUCACAGCGAUGGCACAGCACCAAAGCCAGACAUGACAACUGAGAAUCAGAUCGAAAUGGAUCCACUUUCCACUUCAGCCGCAGUCACUGGGUCCACCAAUUAUACACUCGACUGCGAACGCAGACGCCACGCAGCGCUACAUUCUCAUCAUCCCGGCAAGGUUCACUGUGUCCCCAACCCCUCUGGCAAAGGUUGCACCUGUCUAUGCGAUAUGAGCGUUGCCCUUCUCUCCGUGAAACAAGUUCUUCGCGAAACAGAUCCGCAUAAGCAAUCUUCCUCUUCUACCUCAGCUCCAGAAGGAAAGAAGAACAGCUUUGCAACAGACACAAUUCAACUCACUCUGACCGCAUCUCAAGCCAUCACAGCUCAAUGCGCUUGCUCCGCCGAUUGCCCUACUUGUCAAUCUGACCCUUCCACCGAGAUCUCUGCUUCACUCCUGGUCUCUACUGCGUUGCAAAUCUAUGCUCGCGCGGUUAGGAUCUUGAGGGAGGGUUUCGCAGCAACUGCCGCGAGCGGGAAGGAAACAGUGGGUGGAGCAGCAGGGAGUUUCUUUGGCGGACUGGAUGUCACGAUUGGUACGUACAAGCCGAGUGCUGCGAAUGCGAAGAAGAUUGCACUGUAUGCGAUCAAAUUGGAGUUGAAGGAUCUCAGGAGGGCGCUAGGGAAGAUUUCGAGGAUGGCACAGAAUUUUGGCUCCACUAGCAGCAGUUCUUGUGAUAUGGGAAGGGAGGAGAAGGAUGAGAAGGAGGUUGCGAGUGGAAGUGAGAUAGAGGACACGAAGACUGGACACAAGCGGGAGACGGAGAAAGGACAGGGACAAGGUCAAGGGCAACAGGGCAUGAACCCGAUCGAUCAGUUGGUGAUCUUCAAGCUGUAUAAACAGCUUGGGGAGCUGUUGAAGACACUUGAAGGUUUGGAGGAUGCAGCGUGA